UCUUCGUGGCGCGCUCCGAUGGCGGUGCUAAGCAGAGAUGUGGGCGGUGGGGGGAAACGGACCCGGCAAGGGAGGCGAGAUGCCGACGGAGGAGCCCGAGCGGCACGGGAGGAGCGGGAGGGAGCGGCGAGGGAUCCGCUGGUGGUGCUGGGGCCGGAUGUGGUGACGAAGAUUCUCGAGUUCGCGGACGCGCGCAGCGUGGCACGAUGCACGGUGGUAUCUCGCGGCUGGCAUGAAAUCGCCUCCAGCGACCGCCUUUGGGCCCCAAAGUAUGCAAAAUUGUUGAAAGGGAAGGCACAUAUCCCCCGGAUGUCAAAUUUGCGAGGAGCAUCAAGACUAGCAGCUUAUUCUAUGUCCAUUGUGGAUGGGAAAAGAACUCGCAUCAUGAAGGAGGAUCUCUGCGAUCAUGUUUGGGAAUUUCGUUAUAAGAAGGCUGCCCCAGAAUAUUGGCGGAACCUCGAUCCUUCAUGGAAAGGCACCAGCCCACCGAUGCACCGCUACUUCCAUCCAAAUGGCUCCCACACUGCAGAUCGUGAUGACAAAGUUUGGGGGGGGCACGAGUGCACGUACUCGAUCAUGACGAGCUACGUGGGCGAGGGGCAAAUCAGGGACCACUACGUGAGGAUCAACAGGUGGCCACCAAUGACUGUGUCGAGGAAGGAGGAUUGGAGAUGGGAGAUGAGCAACCACCUCUACUGCUACAUCAGUGUCCCUGAUGCCGAGAAGGAGGGUGGCACAGGACCUCUUUUUCCGGCAUGGUAAGUAGAGGGACCAUGCAUUUGAAACCGGCAGUUUGGGACUUGUAUAUGAAGUUUAACCUUUCCAUCUGUUGGAUGGUGGGCAACUUCUAGUUAUCUUGUGGCUUAAGGAUUUAUAGUUCUGAGAAUAUGACAAAGAAUGUGAACCUUUCUUACUGUGUUAUGGUUUUGCAUUCCAGCAAUCUUUUUUUGCUUUCGGAA